UCCUCACUGCCCAUACUGCUUUUUUCUUCAGAAUGCGUAUCUAAUAGCAACCAAUGGCUUUUCCUAUUUUCUCACUUGGAAUCUGUUUUGGGAGCUUGGAAUUGCUAUCUAACUGAAUCAGUAACAUCUGUGACUACGGGGCAGCUUGAGUGGGAAUAGUUAGAGGGUUAGACAGAUUUCCUGCAUUUUAAGGCUCUUUUCCUCUGAAGAGAUUGCUUUGGGACAAUUACAUUUAAUGCCUAUUUCUUUCUUUCUUUCUUUCUCUCUCUCUCCCCCCUCCCAAGUUGUUUGGUUUUAAGAAGUAAAGUGACUUUAAGGAACCAUACCAGCAUUUUGAAAAGUUUCAGUUUCAAACACAUGAAAAGAAAAGUCUGAAGGGAUUCCUAGAGCUGUAUUGCAGCUUGCAGGAAUUACAGCAAAGAAGAGUUUGAAGGAGGAGCAGGGCUGGCUCCAGGUUUUUUGCCACCCCAAGCCAAAAAAAAAAGAAAGCCGGAGUGCCGCUGCUGAAGCAAAAGAAAAAAAAAGCCAGAGUGCUGCGGCCGAAGCAAAGUGCCGCCCCAAAGGGCCAGAAUGCCGCCCCUUGAAAGGUGCUGCCUCAAGCACAUACUUGCAACACUGGUGCCUAGAGCCGGCCCUGAGGAGGAGGAUAAAGAGUGACCUUAGUCUCUUUGAACACCAGGGGAAUGAUCGCCAUCUGUUGAAUGCUUGUCAAAUGAACUGCAAACUAUGCUGCUGUAACACCCAACAACACCUGUGAACUACUCAACUGUAGCCAAUCGGGCAACUGGGUGAUAUGGAGCAAGAAACCACAACAGCAUGAGAGAAAAUGGGUUGUAUUUUUUUUUACUUUGAAAAUAAAACAAGGAAGCAAAACGCCCUUUAAUAUCUGCAAAGCUGCAAGAGCUUUCAAGCCUCUCUUGAGCGAAAAAGGCUUCGGUAACUGCAGAAAUUAAUUACUUUCAUCCACUGGAUUUCUUUGCCUUAUAAAAGGAAAUAGCUGAAUCCAAAAGAUGGAAGCUGUGAGCAGUUUUCUGAAGUUGGAUAUUCUGAUAUUUCUGGUGCAUCUUGGACAUGGGGAAGCAGCAAAACUUGUCUUAGUAAAUAAAGACUUCAGUGUUGAAAGGGGACGGGUGGUGUAUGUGACUGAUAAUGAAUUACGUUUUAAUGUCCCCAAAGAGAGGAACCCUUGUAAGGUAGAGGUGGUUUUAAAUGAGCCAGUUACACAAAGAGUGGGGAAACUUGCACCUCAGAUAUUUGAUGGCCAUUUCUUGCCCAAUGAAGUAAAAUAUAUUCAUAAUGGCUGCCCACUUCUGGAAGAGGACCGCGUGAGGCUGCAAAUUUACAGGUUUACUGAACUGGAGACCAUAAUUGAGACUUUUGUUCUUCAUGUAGAGAUCAGGAAUCCAAAAUCAAGUAUUACUCAGUUUGGAAAAAGCUCUCUAGACAUUUCUGAGUUUCUUGGCAUAUCUAAGCAUGUGGACAGAAGUGUCUUGACUUUCAAGUACAAUGCUAAUGGGCUACGUAUGGUCUGCACCGUUAGGAUCACGUCUUCUGAGACCUCGCUUCCUGCUUUUGGCCAGAUUGUAGCAGAGGAUCCCAUCGGAGUGGAAAUGUACCCAAGCUUCACAGAAAAUGUUUGGAUUCCUGUGGGGAUAAAGGGAGCCAUCCCAAAUACACAGGCACAAGCUGCAUUUAUAUCCAUGUUCAUCUUGGAGAGUGAUCAGUUUAUUCUUACCCCACUUACAACAGCAGCUCUAGAUGCUGAAGCUGGAGAAACCCCAAAAGACAGAUUAGUGUUCAGCAUUACCAAAUGCUCACUAGAGGGGUAUAUUACCCAUCUGGAGGACCACACCAAGGCCAUUACAUCUUUCACUCGGCAGGAUUUAUACGACAUGAAGAUUGUCUAUCAGCCACCCAACAUCACUCAUUCUGAGAGACAGAACUAUGAGGUUGAGUAUCGAGCAAUUGAUAGUGUCUUCAUGAGCAGUUCUCCUAUCAUGGUCCAUUUUUCAAUAAGAUGUGCUCCAAGGGUUGCAUGGAACAUGGGGCUUGACUUAUUGGAAGUUCAGUCAUAUCCAGUUACCUGGGAUACCCUUCAGAUUGUGGGCAAUGAUCAACUUAAUGCUGUUCAGCUGGUGGAAGAACCACCGCAUGGAUGGAUCACAGUUCGAGGAGGCAAAGGCUUCAAAUUCACAGUUAAAGAUCACAAAGAUGGAGUUGUUCGUUUUCAGCAUGGUGAUAGUGAUGCAACCAAGGACUAUGCAAUCUUCAGAAUCUUUGAUGGAAGGCACAAGUUUCCGAUUAACAUCCUCCCUAAAGAUGACAGUGCACCAUUCCUGAUGAGCAACAUUGUCUUUCAGCUGCCAGAAGGGAAGACAGUCCUCAUAGAAAAGCAUAUGUUGAUGUCGUCUGAUUUUGACUCAAGUGACGAUUAUAUUCUCUGCAAGAUAACCAAGCCACCUGGUGCUGAAGAGAUUAUCAAGACACACUUUCCAGAUGGACCAGGUAUUCCUGUGUCAACCUUCUUGCAAAGAGAUGUCUUCCAUGGCCUCAUUUACUAUCACCAUCUUGGAGGAGAGAUUUUUCAAGACUCAUUUGAUUUCAUCUUAUCUGACAGUCAAGAACCUCCUAAUCUUUCAGAUAUUCAAACUGAAAUGAUUCAUGUUAUGCUGGUGAAAGACCAGUUGCCAGAGGAAGUUCCUGGGACUACAAGACAACUUGUUGUCAAAGAAACUGAGAUUGCACACAUCACAAACAAUCACCUCCACUUUACAGACACCAAGUCCCCAGAUAAUCAGCUUAUGUACCUGGUUACUAAAUCAUGUUUCUCUCCCUCUUCUCCUGGAAUUUAUGAUGUGGUGAAGCUAAUUUUCACAGACAGCAUGAAAAGUUAUAAAAAAGAUCCUGCUAUUUCUGACAUCUUUCAGGUAAACAACUGGAAUCUUUUAUGUCAUGUCUGUUUCCCACAGCAUGCUGUAACACAUUUAAAAGUGGUGUGCAUGCCCCCAGAGAGAGAGAGUGGUCCUGACCCGCUGUUUGAACAGUUUGAGUUUUCUGUUAGUGACCAGCAGGGAAGAGUAGUGGCUGGACUCAACUUUAACAUCACAGUGAUGCCUGUGGAUGAUGAAGCACCUGAGAUUUUCACCAAUCAUCUAACAACAGAGGAAGGUGCCAGUUUUUUCAUCUCUGGGGAGAAUCUAAUGGUGUCAGACUUGGACACCAGGGAUGAUCUUCGAAUCCAGCUGAAGAAACGUCCUCAAUAUGGGCACAUUGAACUGUAUGGACUCAUUAUGCAGGAAGGAGAUAUGUUUACCCUUGAGGAUUUGCAGUCUUACAAAGUCAGGUACCAGCAUGAUGAUUCAGAAACCCUUGAAGAUAUAGUCAUAUUUCCAGCAACAGAUGGAUUUAACACUGCAGAUGGAGUGUUAAGAGUGCAGAUUAUACCAGUUAAUGAUAAGCCCCCAGAGCUACAGGCAGGAUUAAAAUCAAGACUGGAGUGUCUGAAGGGAGGACACGUUGUUAUCACCACAGAAUACCUUUAUGCAACAGAUGCUGAUAGCGAUGACACAAAAUUGACAUACAUGAUUGCUCGUGCUCCAGCGCAUGGAGUGAUUCAAAAGAGAGGAUUCAUGGUGGAUAAAUUCUUCCAGCUGGAUGUCACUCAGAGAUUGAUCACUUACAUACAUAAGGGAGGUGAAAUAGGACAUAGCCUUUGUGACGACAACUUGACCCUCAUUGUCUCAGAUGGAGAGGCUGGUACAGUGGAUAGUUGUUGUUUUAAUAAAGCUCUCCCUCCACCAUUACCUCUUCACACCAGUCUCCCAAUCUGUGAUCUGAACAUCACAGUCCUCCCCAUCAACAACCAACGUCCCACCAUUCAUCUGGGUAUGUUUACUAACCGUUUCACAUUUCAAUGUAUUCAAUCUGAACUACCGGACUAUAAUUUUUUCCACAUUAUAAUUCAGAAGGUAGAUUUCUCGCCCUACUCUGGUUUGGAGUUACUUUCUCCCCCCCUUCGCCUUCCUAUAGGACUGAUGUUAGUGUACAUGCAUGAUGACACAGAAAGCCUAGAGGAUAGUUUUACCAUGCAGCUGACAGAUGGCAAGCACACAGUCCAAGGGACGCUUUACAUCUACAUCAUGCCAGUCAACGAUGAAAUCCCUCAUCUUUCCAGGGCUGGCCUUUGGUCAAACAGCUCUCUGGAGGAGCCAGAGUUUGGAGCUUCCCAGAAUGGAAGCACUUACACCAACAGUGAGUACCAGUGUUUGUGCAACCUUUACUCUUGUUGGUGGGUACUUACUCACGUGACUAAUCCUAUUGAUGACAAUGGGAUUACCCAGAGAGCCGUGUUAUGUUGGACCACUCUGUAUCCUGGAAUGAAUUUCAUUCAAGAGGAUGUGGACAUGAGCCUCCUCUGGUAUUUCCAUACUAACAUCCUGGGUCUAAAGAGUUAUGAUUGUUUUCAGUUUUACGUGACAGAUGGGGAGAACAGCUGCCCACCGGAAAGCUUCUACAUCUCCAUUAGAAAUCUGACAUUACAAAAAGGGGACAUUGUUCUACUCACCAAACCUGUAACUUUAACAGAGGGUGACAGGGUGACCUUGACGACAGAUGUUCUUAUGGCAACAGAUGGCACUAGCAAACCCGAGAAGCUGCUGUAUGCCGUCUCUGUGCCACCUGUGCACGGUCAGAUUGAGUACAUCAAUUAUCCCGGCAUGCCCAUUUCCAGUUACAGCCAGUUGGAUGUGGUAGCCCAGAAGGUCUGCUACAUUCAUGACUAUAGCCAUGAGGCUAGUAAGGAUUCAUUCAGACACAAUUGGGGUGCUGGGAAAAUUGAUAGAUUUUCAUUUGUAGCUAUUGACAAAGUCAAUCAUGGUUUUCUGGUCAAUGGGCAAAUGAGAGAAGAGGCAGUGGAAUUUACAAUAUAGGUCAAGCAACAUGACAAAAUCUCUCCAACACUCCAAGUGAAAGAAAGUCCGACCACCAUACAGAACCUGAAAGAUGGUAGGCUUGGAAUUCUGAUUACGGCUUGCAAUUUGAAAGUUACAGAUGUUGACAACAAAGAUGAAGAUCUCACCUUCAAAGUUCAGCGGCCUCCUUCCUUUGGGUAUCUGGAAAACUCAAAAACAGGUAGUUAUGUACACAGUACUUUUACCCAGAAUGAUUUAAACCAGCAGAUCACCCGGUACAUCAUAAAUUCCUCCACUGAAGUGACUUCAGAUAGCUUUGAAUUUCAAGUAUCAGACGUGGCAGGAAAUACAAUGGUUCCAGAAGUACUUGAAAUGAAAUGGUCCAGAGUUGAACUGGUGGAAACUUGCUAUCGUGUCUGUGAAAAUGUUGGGACUGUUGCCAUUAAGGUGGUAAGGACAGGACAGAGCGCAGAGCCAUUAUUUGUUGGUAUUAAGGUCCAAGAGGUUUCAGCUAGAGUUGGCUUAGACUUCACUCACAGUCUUGCAAGUUUAGUGCAGUUUGAUCCUGGUGUUUCCAUAAAGUCUUGGAACAUCCACAUUAAAGAUGAUGGCCUGGAGGAAAACCAUGAAGUGUUAAAAAUAAUACUGAGCGUGCCUUAAAAUGCUGUUCUGGAGCAGAAGAAUGAACUGAGUGUAGAAAUUAUAGAUUCAAGGGCAGGUGCUGAUGGGGAGUGCGACGUGAACGCUGAUCCAGGCCCUCCAUCAGCACUUAAACUACCUGAUGCAACUCUAGAGGCCUAUCAAACUCCUUGCCAUGGGAGAACAUACUAUAGAGUCUUGCACAGAUUAACAUACACGGAACAUAGAGCACCUGAAAGGAACAAACAGGAAGUCAUAGUAGCACCAGGAAAUUCUUGGAAUCCUGGCUUUGAGGAUUAA